AUGGGGUUAUUAUUGCCAUGCAGAAAUUCGCCUCGGCACUCUCCAUCUGCACCUCCCUAUAUGUCAACGGCAAACUCCUCGCUCCAUUCCCGUCUUAUUCUAAAUCCGUCUCCCCUGCAGCUCUACCCACCACCCUCCCCAGCUACGUCCUCCUACCACCAUCCACCAAAAGCCCCUGCGGCAAACUCCUUACCUGAACCACUGGAUCAUACCCACCGUGAAGAGGCAUCCACAGCGCAUACCGCACCGCCUCCCACACCCACAGCUUCCCCCCCCAGCCGCACAUUCAGCUCCCGAGCCACAGCAAGCCACCCGGCAGCAGCGCCCCGACCCACCCGCCUCGGAGCCGCCGCCUCCACACUCCGAUCCGCCGGGCUGCCUCUGAGCCACCAUCUUCGUAGCCACGCCUACCGGGGACACCUCCCGGGGAAACGAGGGCGGCACCCGCCUAAGGCGGGGCCCGCGCCGUCACUGCUACUCGGCCGGGCUACCGCCAGAUUUUCGGCGUGUCGUUGUGCUGCCCGCAUAACACAAACGAGGCGGUAUUCAGGCAGAGAACCGCCACCGCCAACUGACGAGGAAUCUAUCUCAUUCGCAACCAAGAAAGCAACAUAA